AUGGAUACUCGAGCAUCGAACGGUUUGGUCAUGGGAAAUGGCUCGGGUGCUUUGCAGCCAUCGGCACAGAUACCGGCUUGUCAGACCGAUACAUCCUCUACAAGUCGCGAAUUGCCAAACUCACCUCACCCACUAUCAUCUAUCAGCGCCGUGCCAAACGCAAGAGAUUUAGCUGGGGCAGCACAACAUGGGCGCCUGAGACAGAUCGUACCCUUCUCUGUUCGCCGCGGACUGCGGCGUGAAAGGCCCAACCUCUCGGUCCACCAUAUAAUCUCAUCGCUCUUCCACUCUGGAAACAGCAACUCUUCUAGCCCUUCGACCUCCGCUGGCCCCUCCAGGAGAAGUUCGUUAAGCGUGGACCGUACUGGCGUGUUACCUCACGACUCCGACGGGGCUAGAAACUCUACCUGGGACCUGUCGCUAGUGAACAGGUUUGACGUCUCCACCCAGAGUCUCGAGGUCGUAUCACCUGCAGGGUUCUUGUUCAGCGGUCCCAGUCUCAACGGGUCGGAGUACACGAGCUCACUUGUGCAAGUACCCAGCACUUUAUCCUUGGCUAUCAAUGACAAUGAGAGUAUCCUCGAGCCCUCGGGCCGGUCGCCGUACAACAAUGUCACGCUUGGCUUGUCUGAGGUCCUGGUGAGACCAGACACUGAACUAGCACAGACUCCUGCUUCAUUGCCGCCAUCAGUCCUCUCGAACAUCAUCGCUAAUUUGGAGCUGGACUCCCUCAAGAGUCUCCGUCUGACAUGCCGCGCUUGGAUGGCUACAAUCGAUUUGCUUCGACCUCUGCGAAUUCCACUCGCAUAUCAGAUCCCAACGGAGAUUCUUCAGCAAGUGUAUAGCUAUCUCUCACCAGCGGAUUUCGAUGCUGCCAGACAUACAUGUCGUUCGUGGAUGCUGGCCAGCCUGGACCAGGCCCUUCUGAUCGAGAUGCUCAAGCGUGGUGGUUGGUUCAGUACCGUAGAGCUUGAUGGAUUGCAAGAUGUCUGGUCAAUGAGUAGACGCAUAUCAAGAGAGUGCGCACUAAGCGGCGUGCGUCGCCGCCCUAGCGCUAUUACCCGGACAGCAAAAGUUGACUUCGCCGAUCUUGCGAGCGGAUAUGCUGGACCAGAAGGUCGACAUAAUGGCGCCCUUGUCUUUACCGCGAGCACUUGUGGAAAAUACCUGCUGGUUGCCGAAGGCGGUAUGAUCUACGUCUACUUGCUGUGGGACAACAGUCUGCGCCCCGUGACCAGCGUAGUAUGUCCACGCCGAGUUCUCGCUACGAGCAUGGAUGCCUCCGCGGGUCGGUUUGCUAUCGCUGCUCUGCUGGACGGCAGAAUGGGACUGGUCUGUGAUCUCCAUCAUGGUCCGGAGGACAUGGCUCAAGCGUCUGGUCCUGGCAAAUCUGGGGAAAGCAAUACGGGCCAGAGGCAGUCUGGAAAUCCCUCUUUUUUCACCAGCAGAUUGUAUCCGGCGGGCGAUGAUAGGACGUCGAUAUCGGACAGCAGCAACGGUCGCAAUGACUGGCCAAGGGGAACAGUUGCGCAGCCGACACAGUCAGCCGAAACCUGGAAUCUUCACCUAGGUGGCAACGGAGCCGUUCUGAGCGGUGUCAACGAAGGACACUCGAGCCCCUUCAGACCGGGAGUCCCAAUCGAGACCGGACCACGCAGCAUAUACCGCCAUCUCUGCUCCGACGACGAUCCACCCCGCAGCGUCGCGAUCUGUCCGCAACAGCGAUGCGUCGCAUUUGGUUGUACUUCAGGUGUCGAACUGCAUUGGGUGGACGCGCUAAGCGGACAGGACUUCAACCGCUGGUUUCCGCUCGCGACUCCCAGUGAUUGCCUUUACUUCCUGCCGCCACGGCGCGGUAUCGAUUCGGCUAAGAAGCUAAGACUCAUCUCGAGUACUGCGCAUCCGAAUCAGCGAGUGGCUUCGAGGGGGCGUCAACUUCGCAAGGCGUGCCUGAGCGGGAAGUUUUGGUCGCUGUUUGGUACUGAGACGAGGUCUUCAUCUACUGACAGAGCCCGCCACUCCCCCUCCCCUCCCUCCGGCUGCGACCACUACAACGCCGUCCCCCUCAGCGACGGCUACCAUGUCCUCUUCACCGACCCAGCGAGCAACAUGCUCUGUCUCGGCAGUGACGCACCCCUCGGCUCCCCCACCAAGCUCCUCCGCAAAAUCGUCUUCGAGCCUCCGGAGCCCGGCGCAGUCUCGUUCCUCUACGCCGCCAGCGCCGAGCUGCGCUGGGGCCCUAGAGUCAUAGCCGCGUACGGCGACCGUAUCGUGCUGUACUCGGUCCCGCCGGACGUUUUCGCGAUCUCGGUGAGGGAGCAGCAAGGGGCGAGAUCCUCAGUCUCGACAGCCGGGACGCCCGACCACAACAGUGGAGAAUAUACCCGCUGGAAAGACUGGAUGCCCUCGCCGAACGGACUGUUGGGAUCACCCUGCUUCACCUGCCGCCCCGACUCGCCCUGGCCCGUCCUGAUUAAAGGCACCGUGAUCGGCUCGCUCGACCGCCUCGCCGAGCUCGCGGUGCACAGCACCCCGGACCUGACGGUCUGGGCGCUCGACCUCGAUGGCAGGGCUGCGGUGUGGCAGGUCGGGAAGCCCUGGCGGGCCGCUUCCGCGGUCGUGGACCGCAGCAUCACGCGCUAUGGGCUGGUGUGCGAGGGUGUGGAUGGGGAUGGGGAUGGGGAUGUGGGGAUGGUGGAUGUGGGUGCGGAGAGGUCCGUGGGGUCUGAUGGGCACGAUUCGGAAAUUUUGGGGUGGGCGGAAGGCGGGCUACAUGUUAGGGUGAAUGAUCCGGUGGGGACGGUGGAGGUGCUGGAAGAGGGGGUGUGGUACGAUGGGGAUGGGGAUGUGGUUAUGAGGGAUGUGCCGCUUGGGUGUGCUUGGGGGAGAGAAUUGUAG